UUUAAUGUUUUAUCUAAUCGUCGAUACUAAUCAUUUAGCUAUUCAUUGCAUGUUUAAAUUUUAAUGUCAAUAACAUUUCAGCAUCUACUACUACUACUACUGCCUCGUAUUAUAAUAGUGGUGGUGGUUUCGCUCAAAAAUCAAAAUUCUUAGACGCAAUCAAAAGUACUAUAGGGUAUGAUACGGGGAUGGUUUACGGUCGUGAAUUUAAAGAUUCGUGGCCUAACGAUAAUCCUUUCACGACUACCACUACUGUUGCACCGAUGACGGCCGAAGCUGAGAAGGGAACCCAAACUCAGACGGCCAUGUUGGAAGUAUUCCAGUGGCUUUAUUCCACUACCAUGAAACCCAUUAUAAGCACGAUGUCGACUUUGGCAUCAUCUACCCCAUCUGGAUCUUAUGUUUCUGUAAAAGACGAUUGGGGCAACAGUAUUGAUACAUACCGUGUCGAUGAACCGCCACAUUCACCAGGUCUAGGUGCACUGUCUCCUUCUGAGUUAUUUGUUAUUUUUAAGCAUGUAAGCUAAGUUUUACUAGAUAUAUUUUGUCACAUAGUAUAGUUUAUUUUGUAG